AUGCUAAUGGGCAUCUGGGACGAGCUCCGAUCCACUGCCUUGAGUCUAAUAAAACGAAAGGCUUCCGGUGUAACGUCCGGUCAAAAUGCUCGCCGAAGUCCGUACAGUUCGAUUGUCCCAACGGCCGGUACCAAAAUCGGCGACGCCGUUAGUCUUAACGCAGCUCAGAGAUUGGAGGAGUACGUCCCCGAACCUGACCGCCACGACAAGAUCGGCAGAAUUCUGACAAACCUCAGUAGAUUCGCCGUCGAUUCGGCCAUUGACGAGUCUCUGAAAGGCGUCACCGGGGGAAUAAAUUUCCAAGAAAAUGUGUCUUAUUUGGAGGCAGGAUGUGCUGGAACUAUGGCAUGA